UAACAAUGCUUUGAGCGACGGCCAUGUCGUCGCAGAACGCCUUCUUCUCGUCCUCGCCCGUCUCCCCCAACGCGAGGCGCGCCAGGCGUUCGAAAUACACUUGGAAACACCUUCAUACCCUUGCCCAUUCCGCCACGAAUUGUCCAUUGCGCGUGAUUGCGCAUAUCGAUCUCGAUGCAUUCUACGCCCAAUGCGAGAUGGUGCGGCUGGACGUGGACCCCGACCAACCUCUGGCAGUGCAGCAGUGGCAGGGUCUGAUUGCAAUCAACUAUCCGGCAAGAGCGUAUGGAUUGAAUCGACAUGUCACCGUCACCGAAGCAAAGGAGAAGUGUCCAGAUAUCAUAUGUCAACAUGUUGCGACAUGGAAAGAGGGUGAUACAAAGUGGAGCUACUCUGACGAUGCCUUCAAGGAGAUUGCUACCAGAAAGGUUUCGCUCGAUCCUUAUCGCAUCGAGAGUCGCAAGAUCUUAGCGACCAUUAAGGAGUCUCUCCCAGCGGACAAGCAAAAGGUGGAGAAAGCGAGUAUAGACGAGGUGUUUCUCGACCUCUCAGCACAUGUGCACAGCCUUCUCUUGCAACGAUACCCUCAAUUGGACGCUCCGCCGCCUUAUGAUGACCCUACUGAGCCGCUUCCGAAACCUCCAACUACUGCUCUGGACUGGAAAGCUGAUGCAUUGGUCGACUUGGACAACACACACAACGAAGAGGACGACCCGGAUUGGGAUGAUGUUGUUAUGCUGAUUGCUUCCGAGAUUGUUCGGGAUGUAAGAGCUCAGAUCUUUAGGAAGCUCAAGUAUACUUGCUCGGCAGGCAUCAGCAGAAACAAAAUGCUGGCCAAGCUCGGGUCGGGAUCCGCAACAGGUGGCAAGUUUGGCGAUGAAGUUGUAGCUGCUUUUAACACUGACUCUGUCUCUGAACUUCUUGCCGUGUCUAUCGAGCAAUUGAAAAAGCAGCUUGGCGAUGGGUCUGGUUCCUGGUUGUACAAUGUCAUCCGCGGCGAAGACGAUAGCGAGGUGAAUCCAAGGACGCAGAUAAAGUCGAUGCUGUCUGCAAAGUCGUUUCGCCCGUCUAUCAAUAGCUUCGAAGUGGCUUGCAAAUGGCUUCGAAUCUUUGUGGCAGACAUCUUUGGUCGCCUCGUGGAGGAAGGCGUGCUGGAGAACAAGCGACGGCCAAAGACCAUCAAUAUUCAUCAUCGACAGGGAGCGCAGACACGGAGUAAGCAGGCUCCCAUACCACUAGGCAAGACCGUCACAGAAGAUGCACUUUUCGAUCUCGCGAAGAACCUCAUGGCACAAGUCGUGGUUGACGGCCGAGCGUGGCCUUGUGCGAACUUGUCGCUUUCUGUAGGUGGCUUCGAAGACGGUGUGACUGGCAAUAUGGGAAUCAACACAUUCCUCGUGCGAGGCGACGAGGCCAAAGCCAUGAAUGCAGCAAACCUUGAGCGCCAGGACUCGACAGAGUAUCGGCGUGGUGGCAAGAGACGUAGAAUCAAGGUCGGAGGCAUCCCCACCUUUUUCCAGCACAAGUACAACAGCACCGGCAGCGAUCGUGACGAAGAUGGCGGAAAUGCGACGCCUGUAUCUGACCACGAUCGUGCAGAGCAUGAAUUAGACGAAGGUGCUUCUCACGCAGAACGUGGCCAUCAUCACAGCUCUUCGAAAUUGCCGCGUUCAGCCCAGACUGCGUCUACAGAACAGCCGUGGCCCGAUCACGACCAUACAAAAGCGUAUCUUGCGCCUCCGUUCAUGUAUCAGACACCAAAGCCACCAGAUCCAUCUCAGCAAACCUCAAUCGAUGACUAUUUCUGCGAGCGCUGCAAGAAGCACAUGCACGUGGACCAACGUGCAGAGCACGAGGACUAUCACUUUGCACAAGACCUACAAAACGAACAGAGUCCUCCUCGACCGCCACCGAAACCAGUGCCGUUAGCGAAUCCGGCAUCGUCGUCAAAGCCUAAAGGCCGAGGAAGACCGGCUGGUGGAAAUCUUGGGCCGGAGAAAGGACAGAAGAAGCUGGCUUUUGGAUAG